UUUUUUUUUUUUUUGUUUCCUUCUCUUCGAUUGCUUUCGUCAUUCAAUCUACAAUGGCUUCGUCGUGUCCGCAUUUGCGUUCGUAUCGCGCUGCGACGCUCGCCCGCGGCACGUCCGUCUUCAAGGAAGAGUGCUCGCAGUGCUUUAACAACCAGGAUGAUGCAAGUGGCAUCUCGGUCUGUCUGCACUGCUUCAACCCAGAGUGCGACAAGCACGGAUCCGUCCACGCCGCUGCCAAAGCGCACCCGCUCGCACUCGUCAUCAAGCGCACGCCCGUUCAGGCUCCGGAGGCAGAUGCACCCGCCAAAAUCACCAAGCUCGCCAUCGGCGUGGCGGGAGGCGCAGAGGCCAGCGAGCAAAAGUACACCUUCUCGUGGCAUGUUCGAUGCUUUGUGUGCAACUUUCCCGAAGUGUCCUUGUUUGAUCCGGCCGUCACGCCGGCCAUCACCUCCACCGCGUCGUCGAUUAUGGCUGCCGAGUCGGGCGACAAGCGCGCCGAGGUCAAGGCCUGGGAGCUGGAGAUUGAAGCCUGCCAGCACACCCGCCAGCUCGACCAACUUGCACGCGAUGCGCCGCUCGCUGGCAAGUCCCUUGCCACUUGCAACGAAUGCAGCAUCAACUCCAACCUGUGGCUGUGCUUGGCGUGCGGCCACUUGGGCUGCGGUCGCCGCAACUAUGACGGCACUGGCGGCAACAACCACGCUGUCGACCACUUUGCGUCCACCAAGCAUGGUGUCGUCUGCAAGAUGGGCACCAUCACUGCCGAGGGCACUGCAGACAUUUACUGCUACACGUGCGACGAAACGCGACUCGACCCGCACCUGGCUCAGCACUUGCGGCACUUUGGCAUUGAGCUGGGCGAUCGGCAAGUCACUGAGAAGACCACGACUGAGCUUCAGCUGGAGCGCAAUCUGAAGUUUGACUUUAGCAUGACCACCGUCGACGGCAAGCCCCUGACUCCCGUCUAUGGCAAUGGUCUGACUGGUCUUGAGAACUUGGGCAACAGCUGCUACAUGGCGUCGGUCAUGCAAGUCAUCUUCUCCUUGCCAACGUUCCGCCAGACGUACUGCCCACCGUCGGCGGCUCUCGAGCACCGCUUGGCUUGCCAGCAGCAAAGCCACCUGAAGUGCUUCCCGUGCCAAAUGGAGAAGCUUGCCGAGGGCCUCUGGAGCGGCAAGUAUUCCGUCGCAAAGCCUGCCCCGACUCCAGUCGUUGGCGCCGCAAGCGCAGCGGCUCCCGAGGCCCCUCCAGUUGAGGUUACCCUUACUGGCGAUGCCGCCCCUGCCCCUCUUGCUGCGCUUUCGACCGAGGAGCGUGCUCGUUACGACGAGCUUGCGCGAGGGCAGCAGGGCAUUCGUCCGCUCAUGUUCAAGUCUCUGAUUGGCGCCGACCAUCCCGAGUUUGCGACGAUGAGGCAGCAGGAUGCGCUCGAGUUUUUCCAGUACUUUUGCACUCAGCUCGAGCAGCAAGAGCGCGUUCGACUCGGCACUGUGUCCGAGGGUCGUCUGCCGUCCUACGUGUUUGAUUUUACACUCGAGGAGCGCCUUCAGUGUCAAACUUGCCAUGGAGUGCGGUACUCUCGCGCCAACUCGAAUUUGGUCUCGGUCCCGCUCGUCCGUCAUGCCCUGCCCGAGUCCGAGCAACCCAAGCCAGAUGCGGCCUCAGCCAGCACCACCACCAGCAAGGACCCCAAGAAGCUCCCACCCAUGCCUAAAGAGCGGGCCACUUUCGACGAGAGUAUUGCUCUCUUUACUGCCGACGAAAUGGUGGAAUUCCGCUGCCCGACCUGCGGCCAGCAGCCCGCCGGAGCCUCCAAGCGCCAGCGCUUCCUCUCGACGCCGGAAGUUCUUGUCUUGAAUGCCAAGCGUUUCGUGUACGAAGACUGGGUUCCGCGCAAGCUGGACAUUGACUUCCAAGUGCCUGAAACAAUCGAUCUUUCUGCAUUCUUGGCUGGGGAGCACGCGGCUGACGAGCACGCGCUUCCCGAAGGCCAGGCGGCUGCGCCUGCCUCGGCACCCGCUGGCCCGCAGUUUGAUGCAGCCAUUGUCAGCCAGUUGCAAGAUUUCGGCUUCCCGGUCAUUCGUGCCCAGAAGGCAGCUCUUGCUGUUCAGAACGCUGGCGUCGAGCCUGCCAUGAACUGGCUCCUCGAGCACAUGGAAGAUCCUGACAUCGACACGCCUUUGGUGACUGCGUCUGCGCCAAACCCUGCGAACGUGGCUGUUGAUGAAAACCAAGUGAGCAUGCUCGCUGAUAUGGGCUUUUCCCGCGCGCAGGCCAUCCGAGCAUUGAAGGAGACUGGAGGAAACGCGGAGCGCGCGGUCGACUGGCUCUUUAGCCAUCCCGAUGUGACUGGAGACGAAGUUGCGAUGGACACGUCUGACGGAGCAGCAGCCGCCACGGCACUUCCAGUGCUCGGCAAUCAGCGCAAGCCCGUGUACCACCUCGCCGGCCUUGUCACACACAAGGGCCCUUCCGUCCACAGCGGGCAUUAUGUCGCCCAUGUUCUCAAAGACGGCCAGUGGGUCUUCUUCAACGACAACAAGGUUGCUCUGGAUCCUUCUCCUCCGGUGGGUGCCGCGUACAUGUACAUUUUCAUCAAGGAGUAACACAGCAUCGUUCGUUGCGUUUGAGUUGUUGUUGUUGUUGUUGAUGUGAAUACAAACCGGCGCCUACGUUUUCAUUCCAUGCCCCCGUUGUGCAUCCCGAA